AUGUCCACCACUUUACAAUCUAAAGAAGUCGUCUAUACCUCCGGCAUUGACUCGCUCAAGGUCAUCGACUCUAAAGUCACACUCCCCUUGGCCCCAACACAAAUCGCAAUCAAAAUCCAUUAUGUUGGUAUCAAUCCUGUUGAUUAUAAACUCAUGGGGUUUGCCGCAUUUAAGCUAUGGCAAUCCUUAAAAGGUGUUGGCCAAGAAAUCAGCGGUGAAAUCAUCCACAUUGGCGAACGAGUUUCCAAAUUUAAACCAGGUGACCGUGUCUGUGUACUUCUCUCAAACCCUUUUCAAGGUGGUCUUAAAACUUACUUGGUUACAACAACUGCAGACCGUAUCUUAAAAAUCCCUGACGAAAUGCCUUAUGACCAGGCUGCAUCUUUUAUGAUGAGUUUUGGCACUGCAUUUAAAUCACUUUCAUUUGUCGACUGGGCAAAACUUAAAGAUACCCCAUCUUCUUUACUCAUUCUUGGAGGCUCUACAAAUACAGGUGUUUUUGCAACCCAAUUGGCUAAGAAAUAUUUCGACAUUAAGACUGUCGCAGCAACUUGUUCUGCAAAAUCUAUCCCCCGUGUCACUUCAUUUGGUGUCAAUUAUACCCUUGACUACACAUCGAAAACUCCCAUUGCAGAGCAAGCCGCCGAACUUGUUCAAAACGAGCUUGCAGGUGUCAAGUUUGACAUGAUUUUCGACUGUAUUGGAGGCACUGAAUUAUUUGCUUCAAUUUCCUCCAUUCUUAAACCUGCAAACACAGGUGCUUAUUAUGUGACUGUUGUUGGAGAUGACCCACACUUUGGUCUCAAUUGGGGUGUUGUCACUAUGAUUAGCAAGUAUCUCUUUGCCAAGCCUCUGUGGGGGUUCAACUACAAGUUAUACGUGCUCGAGGGUAGUGAGGGGUUCCUGGAUGCUGCAAAGAAAAAAAUUCUAGUUCCAGGAUCUGAAUAUAAAAUUCCAAUUGAUACUGUGUAUCCAUGGACUGAGUAUAAGGAGGCUCUUUCCAAACUUAUGACCCACCAGGCCAAGGGUAAGAUUGUUCUCAAGGUUAUUGAGGAGGAGGAGGAGUAA